AUGCGCUCCAUCGAGGAUUUCAUCAACGCCAAAUAUGCCGACAAAGUCCUGCACAAAGUCGGACUGUGCAUCGGCUUCCACUCCCUGAUUUCCGCCUCGGAAGGACUCAUCGGACACGGCACUGGGAUCGUGAAUGUCAAUGUGGACUUCCGUCUCAUCGUCUUCCGCCCUUUCAAGGGCGAAAUCGUCCGCGCCACCAUCACGAGUUCCGACCAUGAUGUUGGGAUUCGAUUAUCAAUGGACUUCUACGAAGAUCUCGUCGUUCCGCCGGAGACCUUGUUUGAGAACACGUCGUGGGAGGUGGACGAGAAUGGAACAUGGGCCUAUGUGUGGAGAGCGGAUGAUGGAGAGGGAGGCUGCAAUGAGUUCUUCUUUGAUAAUGCUGAGAGCUGCAUGAUGCGUAUCGAGGAAGAACAAUUCCAUGACACGACUCCUGAUGCGGCGAAAGAUGAGAGCGAGGAGGAAGCGAGGAAGGUGGCACCUUACUUGGUGAGGGGCAGCAUGAUGCAUGCGGGACUGGGUCCGACGCUAUGGUGGCUUGGUGAGGGUACUGAAGCGGUACCUCAGGCUCUAGAUGGCGAUGGCGAUGGCGAUCAAGCCAUGGGAUGA